UCGUCUCCGUCUGGGUACCAACCCUCUAUUACUCUGCAGGCGUGUGAAGGAAGAAUGGAACUAGCUGGAACUGUGCAGGUUAGUAGGUCUGUUGGCCUGUAGGUCGCGGCGCAAGUCUCAGGGAGAGAAGGAGCAAACUGCCGUGGUUGGAACAGUACAGGUCGGUGUGAAGGUGGGAUUUGCCUGGGACCGUGGGUGGGGGUGGCGGAGAAGUGGGGAUGGGAUCUGUAUGGGCCGGGUCCGAGUCGCCCUCUCCUGGCCCCUUUUUUCUGCACACCCCCUCCCAUUUCAGCGCAGGGAAAGGGGUGUGGCGGCCUAUGCUGGGGAAAUGGCGGACGACUUGGGGGGGGUAAGCGGGGGCUGGGGAAACCCGCGUUAGGAAAGUCGAGACAGUGAAAAAUCUUUUAAACUCAAGGGCCUAAAAUUCAGAAACACGGGUAUUAGGACCUGUGCCCUCAGCGCUGAUCCAUGCACUUCACUUUCAGUUCUCUAUUGCUGCCUACCUUCUUUGCAUUUGUCCUUCUGCCAGACUCUAUCCAUCUGUCACUGUGGAGGGAACACUGAUAACAGAAGAUAAAGGAAGAAGGAAUUUACCUGACUGGAGAGAUUGAUAGGAAACUGUCCCCGAGAUGUGGUGAAAGAGGAGACUGUCUGAGGGAUAGACUUUCCCACUGGACCUCCUGGCUGUCAUAGCACAGGCCAAUCUCCCACCCUUCUCCGUGGUCCAGGGAAGAGAACUGGUGGAUCCUGAGGGUAGAUGGGUGGAGACAGAAAAGAGCAAAGAACCAGUUUACUAAUAAUUCACUUUUCUCACCAAGAACUUAAUUCCAUUGUCUGGUGAGGCACAAACCCAGGUACAACCCAAAAGCCUAAUACUCUUUUUCACCCGCAGAUUCAUCACAAAACAGCUACAGGAACCAAGAGAGGCUGAAAACUACUGCCUUCCUUCACUACUCAUCCUGGCCAUAAGAAUUCUCUUCAGUCAGGGGGAGCAAGACCCUCUCCUGUAAUCUCCUGUGGAAGCUGGCACGGACUUGAGCAUGGGCCGGGCUCGGGAAGUGGGUUGGGUGGCGGCAGGACUGAUGAUUGGGGCUGGUGCCUGCUACUGUGUUUACAAACUGACUAUAGGAAGAGAUGACAGUGACAAGCUGGAGGAGGAGGAGGAAGAGGAAUGGGAAAAUGACGAGCUGGAUGAGGAAGAGCCUGACAUUUGGUUUGACUUCACAACUAUAACUAGACCAUGGAGUGAGGAUGGGGACUGGACUGAACCUGGGGCCCCGGGUGGCACUGAGGACAGGCCUUCAGGGGGGGGCAAGGCCAACCGAGCACACCCAGUAAAACAGCGGCCCUUCCCCUAUGAACACAAAAAUACUUGGAGUGCUCAAAACUUUAAAAAUGUCAGUUGCAUUCUUGACCUCUCCCAGUCUCUUUUCAUUCAGGGAAAAAUGUUCUUUGCUGAGCCUAAGAAUGUGGGUUUUUCAUUUAGCCAUGAUAUCAAUAGUCCUUUGGCCAGUCUCUCAAUUGUUAGAAACACGAUCCCCACUCCUGACCCCACUGUUGGAGAGGCUUUGUGUGCCCCAGAUAACUUGAAUGCGAGUAUUGAAAAGCAGGGCCAGAUUAAGAUGUACAUCAUUGAACUGUGUCAGAAGCCUGUGUUACGUGGCUGCAACUCAUUUCUGCAGGAGGCCGGAUUAAAUUUGUUAAUAAGCAUGACAGUUAUUAAUAACAUGCUUGCCAAGUCUGCUUCAGACUUGAAGUUUCCUUUGAUAUCAGAGGAAAGUGGAAGUGCUAAGGUUCAGCUUUUAAAACCGCUGAUGUGUUUGUCCGAAAAGCCAGUCUUGGCAGGGGAAUUGCUCAGUGCCCAGAUGCUAUUGUCAUUCAUGACCCUCUUUAUCAGAAAUGGAAACAGAGAGAUGCCCCCGGAAACCCUUGCCCUGUAAAUGGCCACCUGGAACACAAUGGGACUGAAUCCACCCCGAAUCCACUUGGCCUGCAGAUAUCAAAGAAUCUGCAGAGGGUGCUAGGGAAGACCCAGCCUUAGCGAUCACCACAUCACUGGGUGAAAGUGCCAGUGCUAAAUGGAGGACCACACUCCUAUUGGCCAGGCAGGGCCUCCCACAGAGCUUUGAAUAACUCCUUGGUUUUGCAGUCUGCAGGCAAAGUGCAAUGUAAAUUACUCCCUGGAAGCCUCCUUCAUGUGGUAAAGGGAUCACUCUGGCUGCCUGCUGUGGAUAAAGAACACCAAAUCAUAUGUUACCUAUGAUGGGGGUGGUCUCCCUCCCAGAGCAGAACCACUUUGCACAGACCAGCCCCACAUCAGAGCUUGAGCUGAAAAUGUAUUUGUUGUGGCUUAGGUUGAAUUACUUUUCAUCUACUCUCUUCUACACGAGCUGACAGAUGGGGAACCUAUUCAUCAAAAAAAGGGGACUCCCAUUCUAUCUACUGUACUGAUUUAACCUCUUCCACCCAAGCCCACAUCUGUGUGUAUCAUCAAUAAAGUUGUGUGCUUCGAUUGGCAAAAA